GGGGAUCGUGAGAGGAGUGGCUUCGUAGCCACGCCCCCAAGUGGGUGGGGUCUCUGGGCAGCGGGUCUGGAUUUAUGGGGAGGAAGUGGGAGCCCGGAGUUCAUCCUGAGUUGCGCGCAGCCUCUCAGACGACCCCGAUCCUGUAGCUCUCCAUCCCUCGCCUCCCGUCGGGUACCAUGCCUUUGGCCCGCAGCCUUUCGGUGACUUCCCUGACCGGGCUAGAGGACUGGGAUGAUGAACUUGACCUGGAGAACUCCAUCCUCUUUGAGGUGGCCUGGGAAGUGGCCAAUAAAGUUGGCGGGAUCUACACAGUUAUCCAGACCAAAGCCAAGAUCACCCUGGACGAGUGGGGCGAGAACUACUUCUUGAUCGGGCCUUACCUGGAACAGAACGUCCGCACUCAAGUGGAGUUAAUAGAUCCACCCAACCCAGCCAUCCGCCGUACCAUUGACUCUAUGAAUGCCAAAGGAUGCAAAGUUUACUUCGGUCGCUGGCUGAUCGAGGGAGGCCCGUAUGUGAUCCUCAUAGAUAUUGCGGCAACGGCAUGGAGUCUCGAUCGCUGGAAGACCGAGCUGUGGGACAGCUGCUCCAUUGGGAUUCCUUGGUAUGACCGAGAAGCCAACGAUGCGGUACUCUUUGGCUUCCUCACAGCAUGGUUUCUAGGAGAGUUUUCUGCACAAUGUGAAGAAAAACCCUUCAUCAUCGGUCACUUCCAUGAGUGGCUGGCUGGGAUUGGUCUCGUCCUCUGCCGGACCCGGAAGCUUCCAGUGGCUACCGUCUUUACCACCCAUGCCACCUUGCUAGGCCGCUACCUCUGUGCAGGCAGUGUGGACUUCUACAACAACCUACAGAAUUUUAAUUUAGACAAGGAAGCUGGGGACCGACAGAUUUACCACCGUUAUUGUAUGGAGCGAUCUGCCGUCCAUUGUGCCCACGCUUUCACAACCGUCUCCCAGAUCACAGCCGUGGAGGCUGAACACUUGCUGAAACGGAAGCCCGAUAUUGUGACUCCCAAUGGUCUGAAUGUCAAGAAGUUCUCAGCCAUGCACGAGUUCCAGAACCUCCAUGCCCAGAGCAAGGCCCGGAUCCAAGAGUUCGUCCGGGGACACUUCUAUGGGCACUUGGACUUCAACCUUGACAAGACCAUCUUCUUCUUCAUCGCUGGACGCUACGAAUAUUCCAAUAAAGGGGCUGACGUUUUCUUGGAAGCUCUGGCCCGGCUGAACUACUUGCUCAGGGUAAAUGGCAGCCAGACCACAGUGGUAGCCUUUUUCAUCAUGCCCGCCCGGACCAAUAACUUCAACGUUGAGACCUUGAAAGGCCAAGCGGUUCGCAAGCAGCUCUGGGAUACAGCCAAUGCAGUAAAGGAGAAGUUUGGCAAGAAACUCUACGAAUCGCUCCUUGUAGGGAAUCUUCCGGAUAUGAACAAAAUGCUGGACAAGGAAGAUUUCACCAUGAUGAAGAGAGCCAUUUUUGCCACACAGCGCCACUCGUUCCCCCCAGUCUGCACUCACAACAUGUUGGAUGAUUCCACCGACCCCAUCCUCAACACCAUCCGGCGCAUUGGCCUCUUUAACAGCAGCUCUGACCGGGUUAAGGUCAUCUUCCACCCUGAAUUCUUGUCGUCCACCAGCCCGCUCCUUCCUGUGGACUACGAGGAGUUUGUCAGAGGCUGCCACUUGGGAGUGUUUCCUUCUUAUUAUGAGCCAUGGGGCUACACGCCAGCUGAAUGUACCGUUAUGGGCAUCCCGAGCAUCUCCACCAACCUCUCUGGCUUCGGUUGCUUCAUGGAGGAACAUAUAGCAGACCCCUCAGCUUACGGUAUCUACAUCAUGGACCGACGCUUCCGGGCCUUGGACGAGUCGUGCACCCAGCUGACUUCGUUCCUCUACAGCUUCUGCCAGCAGACCCGGCGGCAGCGCAUCAUCCAACGCAACCGCACUGAGCGGCUCUCCGACCUCCUAGACUGGAAGUAUCUGGGCAGGUAUUACAUGUAUGCCCGGCAUAUGGCACUAGCAAAGGCAUUCCCUGACAACUUCACCUACGAACCACAUGAACCAACUGCGGCCCAGGGCUUCCGCUAUCCGCGCCCAGCUUCGGUGCCGCCCUCGCCCUCCAUCUCCCGUCACUCCAGCCCCCACCACAGCGAGACCGAAGACGACGACGAACGGUACGACGAGGAUGAAGAAGCAGAGAAGGACAAACAGAACAUCAAGACCACGGCGCUGAUGGGCGCCGUCCCCGAGUGGCGGAAGCGCCCGAAAAAGGGCUCCAGCGAAGCCAGCACCUCUUCCAACGCCAGCACCCCGACCCUUCCCAGCAGCCCCAGUGACCUCAGCAGCCCCACCAACUCCCUCAUCGAGGAGAAGAAUUAACCCCUUGCUAGCCGUGCCGACGCCACCUCCCGCAUUUGCUCCUCUUGCCAUGUGUCACCCCACCCUUGAUAGGUCAACUGCUCUCUGGUGCUGGAUUCUGAAACGGUUCUAGAAUGUAGGUUCUAGUGUGUUCCAGAGCCAAGGCAGGGCUAGGGGUUUCCGUGUUCCAGUGUUGCUCUGUAAAGGAUGCACCCGUGCUGCGGCAUUGGAAAGGAAGUUGCCCUUUGAUUGCUUGGAGAAACUUGAACUAAAAUAAGCGGGGGGCACAUAAUGGAGUCCCCAGUGUUGUUUACCUUACUUGGAAUAAGCCAUUUAGAACCCUGAGGUGUAGAAAGGUGGAGGGGAAACUGAUCAAGAAGCCCAUCCCAGGAGUGAUAUUCAAGGUGGUUUGUGCUUAUGAUGGGAUAGGUCUGGAAUGUUUUGUAAUGUCCCAAAUACCACUGAUUUAGGGAAGAGACAGGCUUUUUAGGAAUUCUUAGUAACAGGGGUUUUUUCUUAUAUCAUGAAGGAAUACAAAUCCUAAUCUACCCGUGUAGAGUGCUAAAUUGCUGCCCCUGCUGCAACAGAGUUCUAGGAUGCUUCAACAUCCUAGAAAAACUCUGGGUUGGGGUCACACUUCUCGAAGCCGUCUAGAAUGGUGUGCAUGAGGAGGAGAGCAGGGUAUGUUUGCCCUGUCCAAUUUUGUCUCAGGCAGGUUCGGGAGUCUUGCUCCUUGACUGUAUGGAUGUUUUUAAAGGUAUUCGAGACGUCACUGGGAACUGAAGUGGCAAGAAUUUUACAGGUGUGAUUGUCUCAUGGAUGUAGCUAACAGGGUCAGCAUAAAAGGAGGAACAAUUCUAUUUGGAUCGGAACUUCCAUGACUUGGAAACAUAACAGGUGUUUUCUCAACAGCAACGGUUAGGUUAGAACCUUCCGGAACGGUACUACAAGCUUAAGGGGUGGUCUUGGGUCUAAAGAAAGUCGUCUUGUGUCGUUCUGAAAAGGAAGAAAUUGAGAACUCCCAGGGCUCGUUUGGCAGUAUAAAGUACUCUGUGCAUGUGUAGACUGGAAAGCAGAUAGGAGAAACAACCAAAGUCCUCUUCAAACUUUAUGGAGCCAUGCCAACAAACUGGGCCUACUAGCCACUCAAGCAGCUGCUAGAGUAACUCAGUUUGCGGUGCAAUGGACCCAAAUGAAGACCUGUGAUUGUGUCUGAGUCAAGUGAGUCUUCUUGAGUUACUGUAAAAAACAGAAAUGUGCAGUUAGCGGCUCUAGAACAUAAAGGGCAGUCCUUGACUCAUCUUGUAGGGCAGGGAUUCCUGUUUGGCCAUAGUUUCCCAGAAAAAUAGCCACACCACUGUGCAAUAGCGGCCCUUAAAAAUACGCAAACAUAGGUGUAGAGCUGAUUUCCUGGCAUCUAAUGCUUUAGACCAAGUGCUUUUAGGGGUGUGUGGCGUUUUAUGACUGUGCUAUGUAAAUUUAAAAAAUGGGAGAAAGGCUAGGACUAGAGCUAUCUCGGAACAUCCGCCAGAGCAUAAUGUUCCAGACUUUAUUGCCCACUGGAGGGGAGAAAGAUGGCUGUAGGGUUUAGAGGGCAGGGUGCCAGGUCGAGUAAAGAGGCUGUGAGGUUUUAUAAUGUCUCCUGUCUGGCAUAAGAGGCAGCUGGGUCUUACAUGGUGCCCUCAUGCCUUGCCCCCAAGUUUGGUACCAAGAGAACGAAGGAAACUCCAUUUCCCUCCUGUAGCCAAGGCUAUCUGCUGAUUAUGUUACUUGCUGUCUGGAAUUGCUAAGCGCCUGACCUUGGAUUAUGAACCACAUACCACUUUUACCUCCUCUUUUUGUUAAGGGAUCUCUUUGCUGUCAGGUUAUGUGGCCGUCACUCCCUCCAUUUUGUUUCCUGUUCUCCCCCCCCCCCCCCCCAGUUCUUUGCCUCCAUUUUGUUUUGUUCCUCUCCUUUCCCCACGACUUGUUUUUAAAAAGCGCUUGAGGUUUGUGUCUUCCCGCCCCUCCCUACCGAAAACUGUGUGGAAAAACAAAUCAAAUGAACAAAAGCUGUUUGUGAGACAAAUCUCAAAAUUAUUUAAGAAUAAAUUUUGCUUUGGAAAA